AUGUGUGAAGCUGUGAGACUUUCGCCAUGCAAGGCUACUAAAGGAGCACUCGGUGGAGCUUCCAGACUCGGCCAGAAUGGCCUGGGGACAUUGAAUCAGGGGGUUCCCGAUUUGGCUUCCGUCACUAAUGGCGUCUUGGAUCAAGGAACACCUGCGAUGAAUCAGAUGACACAGGUAGCGAACAACUUAGGCCAAACUGCCACCGGUUUUCUAGAUCAAGCUCCAACAGUUGGCCAAGGCGCCAUGCAAUCUGUGGGUCAGUCACUUCCUGACUUAGCCUCUGUCACCAAUGGCAUGUUGAAUCAAGUCGCUCCUGUUCUAAAUCAAGGGCUGAAUCAAGGGCUGAAUCAAGCGGGCACCUUAGGGACUACAGUCCAAGGAGGUGCCACAAACACUCUCGGUCAAGUUGCCUCAGUCGACGCCAUUUUGACUCCUGCAGCCACAAACCUCGUCAACGGCUUAACUGAGUUCUUGAAUCAAGCCGCCAGCAGUUUAGACACCGGUACGAUGAGUUCGCUCAUCCAAGCUGUGCCUGCAGUCACGAACACCCUCAAUCAAGUUAUUUCCGUUGUGAGUCAAGCUGCAAGGGCGGGAACGCUUAUGACUGGAGCAGUAAAUGUUAUAAGUCAGCUGAUAACCCUACUAAACAGCGUUACAAUAGGUGGCCAGACAGCAACUGCCUUGCUGAUUGAAAUUGCAAAUGCUUUAGCUGAAGCAAUCCUUACCACGCUAAGCCAAGCUAGUGAAGCGACACUGCAAUCUGCGAGCACCAUUAUGAAUCUCUUGGUCCUGGCUUUUCAAAACGCUGCUACUGUUAUACUGAACGAAAUAAUGUUAGGCAACACCUUCCCUACGUUAGGGAGUAUUGCAACUACCGUUGUUGGGGAAAUCCAGUCUGUCAUGAGCAACACUGUAUUCGCAAACGACGUUCACGCACUCAUUAACGCAGCUACGCAAGUGGUUAAUGAAAUUGCGGGUACUUUAGCACAGUCUGCCUUAGGAACGGCUGGAUGAAUUGCUUGUAUAAUCUGAAGGAUCUGCAGAACAUGUUUCUCCCACACUCUGCCUUGUAUUGAGUUGCGCCACACGUAGCUCUCGCUCA